AUGUCUACCAAAAUACCAACUGCCGAGAAAGAUACUAGGUCAGAGGAAGAACAAGCAGCGUUAGAAUAUGGGAAGCUUACUUCUAAAGACUACUUGUAUGUUUCUCAACAUCCAGUGGGAGAACCAUUACCCACACCCAUCGAGGACGAGCCGCCAUACAUAGUCUAUAUUACGACGUAUAUAAGUUAUCUUCUUUUGAUUCUUAUUGGACACAUUCGGGACUUCUUUGGGAAAAUAUUCAAGCCACGAGACUAUGAACAUUUGGUGGAGAAAGAUGGCUAUGGUCCGUGGUACGAUGGGUUUGAAAGUUUUUACGUCCGUCGGUUGAAAUUAAGAAUCGAUGAUUGUUUUGCGAGACCUAUUCAUGGAGCACCGGGGCGUUACAUCAAGUGUUUUAACCGUGAUAGGACCCGCGUGUACGAUGAGUAUACCUAUCCUGGAACUUCAACGGAAUGUUUGAAUUUGUCCUCUUACAACUAUUUGGGAUUUGCACAGUCUAAAGGUUUGUGUACGGAUCAUGCCUUAAAGGCGGUUGAAGAUUAUGGUACCUCUGGGUGCUCUCCAAGACUGCUUAGUGGUACCACUGACUUACAUAAGGAAUGUGAACGUGUCAUUGCUGAUUUUGUACACCAGGAAGAUGCUAUCAUUGUUAGUCAAGGUUACGGUACUAACGCCAAUUUAUUUGCAUCUUUGGCCGAUUCCAACUGUUUGAUUAUAAGUGACGAGUUGAACCACGCGUCGAUUAGAUUUGGUAUCAGAUUGUCAGGCGCAUCUGUUAAAGUGUUCAAACAUAAUGAUAUGAAGGACUUAGAAAAGUUAUUGAGAAACUCGAUUGCUCAAGGUCAACCAAGAACUCAUCGUGCAUGGAAGAAAAUCAUCAUUGCUGUUGAAGGGUUAUACUCUAUGGAAGGUAAUAUGUGCAAUUUACCUCAAAUUGUGGACUUGAAAGAAAAAUACAAAUGCUAUUUGUUCGUAGAUGAAGCUCAUUCUAUUGGUGCGUUAGGACCUGAAGGUAGAGGUAUCUGUGACUACUUUUCUGUCGAUACACGUAGAAUUGACUUAUUAAUGGGUACUUUCACUAAAUCUUUUGGUGCUACCGGGGGAUACAUUGCUGGUCCAAAGGAAUUAAUAAAUAAAUUGAGAAUUAAUUACAUUACUAACAACUACUCCGAAUGUGUUCCUCCUCCAGUCUUGGGUCAAAUCAUCUCUUCAUUAAGUGUCAUUGAUGGUAGUUUAAGCCCUGGUGAAGGUUCUGAAAGAUUAAAGAGAAUUGCUUUCAACUCGCGUUAUUUAAGAUUAGGAUUAAAGAAAUUAGGAUUUAUUGUUUACGGUGCCGAUGACUCUCCAGUUAUCCCGGUUUUGUUAUUUUUGCCAGGUAAGAUGCCUGCUGUAUCAAGAUUCUUGUAUUCUAUGAACAUUGCUGUCGUGGUUGUCAGUUAUCCUGCCACCCCGUUAAGUAGUGCUAGAGUCAGAUUAUGUGUCAGCUCAGCAUUAACCAAAGAAGAUCUUGACUACGUUUUAACUAAAUUUAAUGAAGUUGGUGAUAUGGUUUAUUUGAAAUUUAGCAGUGGUAUCGCUGGUGGGUCUAAAAUACCAGGACAACCUCCUAGAUGGUCAAUCGAAGAUGUGAUCGCCACUAAUGUCGAAGAUUGCAAAAAAGCUACUAUGGCGUAA